GUCAGUUUUAGUCUCUGCAUUUAAUCUUACUAUCCAGGCCCACAGCUGUUAAUUCACAGAUAUAGUUCUGCAGUUUUGGUUCACUCUGCAAUCUAGUUUUUUUUCAUCUACAUUAGAAAGCAUUGCAAAAAUGCACAACAUUCUAUCCAGCACUGCAUUUCAGAGGGUAAGCCUUACGACCAAAUGUGAAUGUAACGUUUUCAGGGGUUGAUUAAGCAUAAAAUACCCAUAGUUUAGUUUUAUAAAAAUUGUACUUAAGUAUUGGACUAAAAAUUCUAACUUACUUUCCACCACUCUUGGAUUUAUAUCUUACCAGGUAAAAAAUAUUGCUCAGACAGAAGGAUGCUUACGAAUCCCUGCAAGGCUUUACUUAGGGUAUUUAAACCCAUGGUGUCACCCUGCGCUGCAAUGUAGCUGCCCGCAAAGGCUGCCUGAUUAAAAAUAAAAAAGAAAUUUAAAAAGUUUCGGUCGACAUGGUAAACUUUUAAAGUGCCCUGAAUAUAGCCAAACAUUUAAAUUAUAAUUUGUGGGGCCAGCUCAAAUGCUUUGACGACUUUUACUCGUGACUCCGCUGUGUUUACGUGUGCAGGCGUCUCCUCCGCGAUUCAGACACCUCUGCCAUAUUGGCAAGUAAUUUUGGGUCAGUCAACUGGAGAGAGCAGCUGAGAUGAUCCACAGCCUGUUCCUGAUUAAUCAAUCGGGAGACAUCUUCCUGGAGAAACACUGGAAGAGUGUCAUCAGCCGGAGUGUGUGUGAUUACUUUUUUGAGGCGAAGGCGAAGGCGGUGGACCCAGAAAAUGUGCCCCCUGUCCUGCAGACCCCACACCACUACCUCAUCACUAUAUACAGGGCAAAGCUCUUCUUCCUCUCUGUUAUCCAGACUGAAGUUCCUCCACUCUUCGUCAUUGAGUUCCUGCACAGAGUUGCAGAUACAUUUCAGGAUUACUUUGGAGAAUGCUCAGAAAGUGUGAUCAAUGACAACGUGGUGAUUGUUUAUGAGCUGUUGGAGGAGAUGCUUGACAACGGAUUUCCACUGGCAACAGAGUCCAACGUCCUUAAGGAGAUGAUAAGGCCUCCCACAAUCCUGCGGUCAGUCGUCAAUACGCUCACAGGGGGUAGCAAUGUUGGAGAUAAGUUGCCAACUGGACAAUUGUCGAUUGUUCCAUGGAGACGGGCUGGUGUGAAAUACACUAACAACGAGGCAUAUUUUGAUGUGAUAGAGGAAAUCGAUGCCAUUCUGGACAAAUCAGGCACGACAGUAUUUGCAGAGAUCCAGGGUGUUAUUGAAGCCUGUGUGAGGCUUACUGGGAUGCCUGAUCUCACUAUGUCCUUCAUGAAUCCUCGUCUCCUCGAUGAUGUGAGUUUCCACCCAUGUGUGCGGUUCAAGCGCUGGGAGUCGGAGCGCGUCUUGUCUUUUAUUCCACCGGAUGGAAACUUCACACUCAUGUCCUAUCAUGUCAGCUCUCAAAAUCUUGUAGCCAUUCCAGUGAGUGUGAAGCAGAACAUCAGCUUCUUAGAGACGGGGUCUUGUGGUCGUCUGGACAUCACCAUUGGAGCUAAGCAGACCAUGGGGAAGACAGUGGAGGGCUUAAUGGUUACAAUCCACAUGCCUAAAGCUGUGCUCAGUGUCAGUCUCAUAGCCACACAGGGAAACUACACUUAUGACCUCACCACCAAGGUUCUGAUUUGGGACAUCGGGAAGCUCAACCCCCAGAAGCUCCCUAACUUGCGAGGCACUCUGAGUAUGCAAACUGGAGCCCCCAAACCUGAAGAGAACCCCUCACUCAACAUUGAUCUAAAGAUACAGCAACUGGCCAUAUCUGGUCUUAAAGUGAGUCGUCUCGACAUGUACGGAGAGAAGUACAAACCAUUCAAAGGAGUCAAAUAUGUGACUAAAGCGGGAAAAUUCCAAGUGCGAACCUGAGUUAUUGUCAAAGAUCAGCAAUCCAACGUGCCAAAUAUGGGGCAACGUUAUCGCACUGCCAAGUCAGCCUUCUGAUUAGUUUUAGAUAUUUGUGGGGGCAUUGUCAUUAAUCAAGAUUUCUGCAUUCUAACAGCUAUUUAUUAUAUGUUUGGCAUUACAUAUGUAGGAGUGGAUGGUUUUUGAGGCCUAUGAAGGGAAACAUUAAUAAUCAAUGUGACCUCAUUGAAGUGCUAUUAGUGUAUUCAUUUUAAAUGUGCUGAUUAUAUGGAUCAUUCCUUACUGUUUGCAUUUUUUUAUCUAACACAUUCUGAAUGUUGCUUAAUGGGAUUUAUUUUUCUUUAAAAAAGGAGACUUGAAUCAUCCCACCUUACUCUUCACUACACCUGCACAAUAUUGCCUGCACGUUGCCUGAGAAUAAGCAGACAUGCCUUAGAGAAAAUUUUCACAUAAGGAACCCAGUUUUUUACAUAUAAAUGUUUAUUUUUGAAAAAUGUACUCUUGAGUAGUUUCAGUGCAGAUGUUUUUGCACAUAUUAACUGUUCAAUGUGGCCAUGUUAGAGCAGUUUUAAGGUGAUCUGUAUAGCACACACUACAGCACAAACUGCAUGUUUAGGAAAAGCGAGGGAAGUUUAUUUUAAAUAUUUUUCUUAUUAAAUGUACAUAAAGUACAGGUUGGCAUAAGUAUGGUGUAGUUUAAAUUAAUAAUUCAGGUAGUCCUUUGGGAAUGGUUAUAUAAAAAGCAUGCUGAUGUCUUUAAGAGUCUCACAUUUUGAAUGCAACUUCUUUACUCAGCACAGCAUUUGCACAAUCAAUUGUCCAUGUGGAAAAUAUUACUUAAGGCUCUUGUAUGAAGUUGAAUCAAUAUGUCAGUUUAUAACAUGCCUUAUAAAAGCUUUAAAA